UGUACAUUACCUAAGGAAGAUGAGAUUCCUCAGUUUUUGAGAUGGUUAACUGAAUGGUCCCAGCAAUACUGUAAAGAAAAAUUAAUUAAAUCACGUAUAAUUAAUACAAAAUGUAAAGAUAUAGUUGAUGGAAAAAACUAUGCAACUACGGUUGAUAUAUCAGAUAUAGAAUGUAAACGAUUAUUUAUGGAUUAUGAAAAUUGGUUUAGGUAUCGAAAUAAUGAUUGGAAUGGCUUAUCUAAAAAAUAUGAUAAGAUUAAAAAUGCAAUUAAUUCUGCUACUACUAAACCACCUGAAGAAACUCCUCAGCAAUAUAUAAGAAAUAAUUGUGUAGAUUGUGAGUGUGAUUUAAACGAUUUGAAAGAAAUAAA